CGUGUGUGGGUACGAAGUGACGUCAUCACGGCGAAAUCAUUGCCUAAUAUGUGACUGAGCAGCUGUGUGUCUUGAAGCUAGUAAAGAAGAUGCUUAAAGAGGCAGGAACUGGCUGGGAGUUCUGUGACCUAAUAAUGAAUUUGUGACAGUAACAGACUCACAAAGUGGAAAAAAUUAAAUUAUGUGCUUCACAUUGUGGAACUAUGAAAAUCCCCAAGCUAGCCUAUGCUUUUAUAUUGAUGGUCUGUAUAUUUAUCUACUUCGUCUACACAAAAUUCUAUAUCACAGAUGUGCCAACAUUUGAAGAGAGUGACCUUUAUUUAGAAGAUGAUCGUGAUUUACUAUAUCCAUCAGUUCCUAGGACAUCAUACCAUGUGUUCUAUGGGAUUAUGUUUGAUGCUGGAAGCACUGGAACAAGAAUACAUGUCUUCAGAUUUACAGCAACUAAUAACGGGUUUCCCAAGUUAGCAAAUGAAACCUUUAAAGCUUUGAAACCUGGACUUUCUGCUUACGCUGAUGAACCUAAUGAGUGUACUCGGGGGAUAAAAGAGUUGUUGGAUGUGGCAAAAGCAUCUAUUCCAAGUAACCUUUGGAGGAGUACUCCUCUAGUACUGAAAGCAACAGCAGGGCUGCGACUGUUACCUGGAGAAAAAGCCAUGCAACUACUAAAUAAGGUAACAGAAGUCUUCCAAGAAUCGCCUUUCUUUGUUGCAGAAAAGUGUGUCAGUAUUAUGGAUGGCACUGACGAAGGAAUUGCAGCAUGGAUUACAGUCAACUUUUUAACAGGUAACUUAAAUGAUCCCAGGGACAGUGCUGGGAUGCUUGACCUGGGUGGAGGUUCAACACAGAUCACCUUUUUGCCACACAGUGAGAAGACGCUUCAGACCUCACCAGAUGAUUAUAUCACAUCAUUUCCAUUGUUUAAAAAAACAUAUACGCUGUACUCGCACAGUUAUUUAGGGCUUGGUCUUAUGUCAGCACGACUUGCCAUAUUAGGAGGAACAGAAGGUCAACCAUUAAAGGAGGAUGAAGAGCUAAUUAGUCCCUGUUUACCACCAGAGUACAAAGAUACAUGGGAACAUGCUGAAAUAGUUUAUAAAAUCAAAGGACAGAAAGCAGGAGAACCUAUGUAUGAAUCCUGUUACAAAAGAGUAGAAAAAAUGCUUUACAAGAAAGUGCAUAAAGUUGAUGACAUCGAAGAGGCUGAGUUUUAUGCUUUCUCGUACUACUAUGACAGAGCUGUAGACGUAGGCUUAAUUGAUGAAGAGAAAGGAGGAAGCCUAAAAGUUGAGGAUUUUGAAGCCGCUGCCAAACAAACAUGCAAAGCUAUGGAGUCAGGAGAAGGGGAGAAACCAUUCCUUUGCCUUGAUCUCACGUACAUAACUGUAUUACUGCAAGAACUGGGAUUUCCAAAAAACAAAGUUUUCAGACUUGCAAGAAAAAUUAACAAUGUAGAGACUAGCUGGGCCCUAGGAGCUACAUUUCAUCAUUUGGACUACUUACAUGCACUCUAAAUCUUCAGAGGAACUGUUAUCCUUACUCUUAUUGGGAAGCACAGAAUCUACAGAUUUCAGUCAGAUAGUUGCUACAAGUGAUUUUUACAAUCCACACUUUGUAUAGUGAGUUAUCUGGUUGAAUCAUAAAUGUUCCACUUGCUGUAGGUAUUUCAGUGCCAUAAGAAUGGAAGGCUAAAUAAAGUGAGCUUCUACAUUGCAACACAGUAGCUACAAAUUAUGAGUGUGUGUCUCAUCUGCAUUUAUACUUCUGUAUCUAGUUCAGAUUGAGAUGACAGGUGAAUUCAUUUUAUACACCUGAACAUGGGUCUACUUCUAAAUGUCGACUUUCUUAUGGUGAAGACCAUAAGAUUGAAGUUUUGAAACUUUGUGCUAUUUAAAUACAGACCACCGUACAGCAUGGAACAAUAUAUUUACAGUUUUCCUCACUGUAGUGCGAUCUCAGAGUUGGUAUAUUUAAUUAGCAGGGGGGUGGGGGUACAGGGGGCUUGCCCCCCUGCAAAAACAUAAAAAAGGUUGUUUUUAUUUAUUUAUUUUUUUAUUUAAAUUUCAAAGUUUUAAAACUUUGAUCUCAUGGUCUCGACCAUAAGAAAGUUGACAUUUUGAAACUUCCAAAAUUUAGAAGUAAACCUCUGAACAUUUCAUUGUCCUUUUUGAAUGCCCACAUUGAUACAACCUUCAGGGAACUGAUUUUCAUUUUUUUCCUUUUUUAAGUAGUAGCUUAUUUGUUUCCUGACGGUUUUGUUGGGAUAAAUUGUUUUCCAGACUGAUUUCUCCAUGGUUUGCUGAUGUAAGAGUCAGAGAGUUUCUGAUGAAUACACUGUCCAUCAAAUCUAGGUAUUGAAGUAUGUUUUAUUUAAGUUGUAUUGGGCUGAGGAAGUUGUUUUAAAAAGUAUCAUGUUUUGAAAUGAGAUCUUUUAAUACAAAGGGUUUGAUGUGUCUGUUAUAGCAAGUAAUUAAGGUUUGAUGCGUCUGUUAUGGCAAGUAAUUUGAGCUUUGUCUUGAACUAUUUGUCUCAUAAAUGCGCAUGAUUGAACUGCAGUGUGCUAAAAACUGAAAAUUGUCACUUAAACAAAUCCCAUUUUUGUUUUAUGUGAAGAGAUGGUUUCCACAAGACUGAGUAAUUCAAAUGAGUACAAAAUGGCAUUGCUGGUUUCUACACCAUCUAUAAUAGGAAUGUUGUAUAUGCAUAUGUAUAAGAUGUUUUCUUAUGUAAGCAUAAUCCUCAGCAAUUUCUACAGGAUAUAGCCUAACUCCUCCCCAGGACUGUUGUGACAUAGUCAGAAAAAGAAAAAAUGCACAAUUCUGCGUAGAUUCUGCACUUACAAUUGUGGAUAUAAUCUAUAACUCUUUGCCAAUUAAGUUACAUCAGUUUAACAGAAGAAAUACUACCAGCUAUGUAGAGUGUCUUACAAUAGUUUAAUCAAAUAAUUGGCCACUGACCAUUGAUUUGUAUUUUCCACAUGCAGAUUGAUGGAAAAUAGUUAUAGAAACCUGUGUGCACACAUUAAUAUGUCUGCAUGUACACCUGAGUCACAUAAAAUGCUGAUGGAAAAAUGAUUACCAUUUGUAAGAAUUACAGCUGAAGAAUAUAUUUUUGAAAAUUACCCAUAUUCUGUUCACCUGUUUGUUCUCUGUAUGCACAAGAACAUUUCAUAUUUAAGAGCCCUUGUAUAGGAGUGGGAUAAAUGUAACAGUGCCAUUUACUACUUUAAAUGAAGUUAUUAGUAUUACUAUUUGCAAGUGUGGGCCAGUACAUUUCAAAUUCUGCCUACAUCUCUGCAUUGUGUUUGUCUGUGUGUACUUGAUUUAAAAUAUGAUAUAUGUUAAGCUGUUCAGGUUUGCUUACAGAUGGUACUGAAAUGGUUACUCUAAAAUCUGCUGCUGAAAAUGUCAUGUUUUCCAUUUAGUCAAAUAACCUUUGCAUUUGUCAUUUUGUUUCAGGUACUCAAUGUACAGCAAAUACAGUUAUUGUUCUGAAAAUUAGAAAGUAAUAAAGUCAGCAUGUUUACAUUUAUAAUAAUGUAUAGAGACACUCCUUGAGUGCAUACUGUAAGGAAUAACUAAUUUACAUUCAGAAGUAUUCUAAUUUAUGUGCCAAAUUACCCUAGUGUCCAGUAGUAUGGUGUGUUUGCUCAAAAUAUGUUUCUUCCUGAAUGAAGGCUGUACAUUUUUACAUAUCUUUUCUCUUGUUUUAAUGCAGAGUAUGACGUCUUAUGGUAUGUUUGAAAACUGUACUACAGUGGCCAUGUUACUGCAUUUGAAAAUAAAUACACCAGGAUGGUUCCUAUACAACUGUAUUACUGAAUUAAUGUAAUUUGUUGACUUAUUUCUAUGGUGUAGGUGGCACGAUCCCUUAACAUGGCAGAUGCAAUGCUUAUUAUAAUGUCAUUUUCUUUUGUGAAUCCCAAAAAUUGAAAUGUGAUUUGUACGAGCUUCCAUUAAAAUAAACUUGUGUGUUCCUACAAUUUGAA